AUGACGAACGACAAGGAAGCCAAGACGGACGAGGUGGUCUCCACCACCGAAGCGGUGCGUUUGGUGGAGGAUAUGCGCUUCUUUUUGCUCACUGCGCCGGCCAAUUGGCUUGGGAACCAGAUCAUCCGAAGAUACUGCUUGAACAACGAAGAGGGCUACGUCAGCUGCGUGAGAUGGAACGGGCUCUUUUUCAUCACCGGCACGGAUAUCGUGAGAUGUAUCAUGUACAAAUUCCACCACUUCGGCCGGACCAUCACCGAUCGGAAGAAGUUCGAGGAGGGCGUCUUCCUGGACCUUAGAAACUUGCGCGUUGGGAAUGACUCGGUGUUGGAGAACCCAAAGCUGGAGUUCUUGGACUUUUUGCACAAGAACAAGUGUAUCCGGACUCAAAAGAAGCAGAAGGUCUUCUUUUGGUUCAACGUCGCCCAUGACAAGUUGAUGGCGGACGCGUUGGAGAGAGACAUCAAGCGUGAACGUCAAAACCAACUAGCCGUUUCAGUCGCCCUGAGAGAACCUGCGCUUUCGUUCAACUACAAGGCGGGCAGUUCUCAGUCGCUUGAGGAGCAAUUGACUGCCCACUUGGCGCAGGCGAAAUUCAGAGCUCCUCCUUUGAGUGCACUGAGCCUUCCAAGCACCGCCUCUUCCGAAAGCACACACUACGACCAAGUCGGAAGCCGUCCUAACACUCCCUUGGAGUCGAAAGACCGCAAGCGCUCUCCAGAGACCUCGCCAGAAGUGCCUGUUGUCAAGAAACUUCGCCGCGAUAUCAACGAAGACGACUUUCCCUUGGAUUACAUUGACAGAGAGGUGCCGUACCCUUCUGCUGGCCAGGACAUACUUUACCCUCCUUUCUUUGGCCCCUCUCCUGGCUACUUCCACCACGGUGCGUUCCCACCUCUACAAAGCAGUCCUGUCAAUAUCAUUAGAAAUGAUGAUUAUAUUCUUGAGCAGUCACCCUUGCCGAAGUAUCCCGCCGUGCCAAUACACAUGUUGGUACCUAGACUGGCUUCCGACAACAACCAAUCCUUCCCGAUAUUGCCUCCCUUGAGUGCCAUUCCUGGGAUCUGGUCCAGCUAUGGGUCUCAUUUGCCCUUGCUGGCAACAGACGGCAGGAUGAUGUUUGGAGCCACUCCGAUACCUUUGUCAGCUUCGUCCCAGAUGCCUUGCACGUUCGACAAUUACUACCAGGAUUCAAACGGGAAAACGAUCAGUCUUCCUCAAAUCAAAGAUCCGGAGCACGAUGCGCGCGGUUUGUCGUUACCUAAAAUCGACUCUGGCGACAAAUCAGUCAAAACAGAGGUUCCUGGAAAGAAAUCAAUUCCCACGCCUGAAUCUACUCAACAAGCAAGCGAGACCUGA